AGUCGCUAGCGGAGAUCUGCUGGGCUUCUCGGGGUUUGGUAUCUUGUGAGUAAUUUUCAACAUAAAAUACUUAGCUUCACUUUCCGUAAUUGUGUGUCGCGUAUCGUUACAGCGUCCAUAAAGCCAACAUGUUUCCAUGUAUUUUCUGUGUGAUAUUAUUUGUAUAAGAAUAAAGUGAUUUGGAGUCAAAAGAAUCCAGGAUUCAUCUCCUUAGUUUAGCAAGUAAGAGUUUUAUUUAUUGCUUAUGCAAAGGCCCUUGGCAGCAGGUGGGAAAGUUUCCACCUGGAUUUAGGAAACCACACUGCUUCUAUGAGGUGGCUGUGGAAACAGUAUGAUGCUCAAUUCCUCGUCUUCCAUUCACACCAAAUGUGAGAGUUACAUGCCCUCACAUGUGCAGGCCUCCAUUUGGAAGUGGCAUAUGCCACAUUCAUUCAUAUUUAUCUAUUGCUAGAGAUAGGAGAUAGCUGGAGGGCCCUGCCUAAUAACAAGAGUAGGAGAACCUUCUGUUUCUUCUCAGGAAAAGGCAGAAAUUCCUCUCUGAGAGUCCAUGCGUUAUAUCUUUAUAACAGUAUCACUCUCUUGACAUGUUAGAGAUCAUGACACACCUUGUCUGCAAGAGGAAGCAUGCUCUGUAACGUCUUACAAAUUCAUUUUCUCACAGAAGUUUUCCUUCACUGAGUAUCUGGUAGCCCUAGUGUGCCUGGAUUCAUAAUCUCAUGAGCACAGGAUAGACCGUUCUGGAUUUUGCUUGCUGCUUCCCUCUGUCUCAAUUCUCCUAUUGCCCUUUUAGGGGAUUUGAUUUUGCAAACCUUUUCUGUAAAAAUCAAAGGAAGUGUGAUGUUUACCACUAGAACUUUUACACUAAUGCCAGUGUCUACAAGGUACUCGCUCCUAAAGUCAAAACAAACAAGCUGUGGUAAUAGAGAAAAAGUGACUGCCUGCUGCCGUGGAAAGACUCGCUGUCUGGUGGUGGCUUAGUCUAUGCUGUCUAAACAGUUCCUGUGCCUUUUGUUUUGACUGAAAAAAAUUUAUUGGAGAGCAGUCAGUCAGUCGCUGAAUUCCUGGUAAGUGCAAAGUCAUGGGUAAUCUCGGAGCUCAACACUAAGCCUGGUGAACUGCAAGAAAGAUGUAGUGAUUGCUUAGCAAUAGAUAUAGCCAACAAAUAUUUAUUGAAGAACUACUCUGUGGUCCAAAUAUAAUAUAUUGAGAAGAAGAAAUUGGCUAUGGUAAUAAUUAUUAUAGGUUUUAGAGAGCAUUGAGAACAAAUCUGAAUUAAGUGGUUACAGAUAAGAGAAUAUGAAAAUGGUCUGAAAAAGUGUUGUAAGGGAAAGGAGUGUGUGAGACAUCACAGCAAGGAGCCUUAUAGACACUAGAAAUGUGAAUUUGAGCCUGUACUGCUGCAGGUGAGCUCACUCCACAGGUACCAAACCCAGAAUCUAAACUGAAAAUACAUUUGGGGGGGGGUAAAUGCCAGGGACUGGAAUUCCCUUUGUAUUCCACAUUGGCCUCAAAACCACAAGCUAUCUGCCUUUGAUGCUUGAGUGACUAGAUUAUGUGUGCCCAGACACUUAGUAGAUCCUCACUUUUAUUAUUCUGUAUCUGUACAUUAAAGCGUCUCAUGAGCCCAAAUUAUACAAUGAUUUUAUCCUUAGAGCAACCUGUGUGAAAUGUGUCAAGGAUACUCUCCAACUUAUUGAUGGUAUCAAGGGAGGGCAAUCUUUAGAAGAGGAGAUUGCAAGAGGUCACAUGUAAUGGAGAGUGGCUCACUGGGUUGCCUGAUAUCUCAGAAUAGGAGAUGGGAAACUUUUCAUUGUUUUCAAAGCCAGAUGAUAUUUUAGAAUUGAUGGAUGUUUACUCUUUGCCACUUUUCAGCUAUGCCAUUGAAGCCCCAAACAGCAAAAGACAAGUAAAAGCAGUGCUGUGGCUGUGUUUCAAUAAAAUUGUAUUUACUAAAUCAAGUGCCAGGCAGAGCUCAGUCAAUGAAGAGUAUUUGCUUAAUCCACAAUCCAUAGUGAUUUCUUUUACCUGCUGUGAAGCUGUGGGAUUUAAUUCUUCAUCUUUCUCAGUAGGUGCCAUCUCCUUGGAUUUUAAGCUAUUUCAUGAAAAGCAGUACAGUUUUAGGAACACCAGAAAAGCCUUUUCCUAAAAAUAAUCCUUUCUCAUACCAAAUUAUAUUUUAAACUCUAUUUUUGGUGCCUCAUCUAUUUUAGGUAUUUAAAACCAAGUUGGAUAGCUGCCUUCUAGAAACACUUGAAGAUAUUUCAGUUUUACAAACUUGAGGUGAGAAAAAGCUUUAGUGAUGAGUUCUGUAAGGCUGCAUGGUCCCCUGAGGACCUGCCCACCCAAGUGAAUGUAAUGCACUGUAUCCAGCAGACAUGCCUCUUGUUUCACAAAGGGACCUGACACUGAUUCCAGUUUUCUUAGAUUAUGGUAUCUGAGCAUCAAAGGCAAUGAUGACUGUUAUUCCCUUUUCUCUUUGGAGGAGGUCCCACAUUUUAAAAUGCUAUAUAUUCUUUCUGUACUCUCACAUAGAAUAUGCUGAUUAUAGGUUGAAACAUGAAAGGAAAGAAGAAUCAGAGAAAGAAAGGAAUGAAGAAAUGAUAGCUGACAAUCCUAUUGUGCUUUCUGUUUACUACAUUAGCCAAUAUUCAAAAUUCAUAUAAAAAGAAGUGCUUAUGUCAUUUACUAAUAUUAAACUAUUUCCUUAGCAGUGAACUAAAUUUAGCAGUUUAGCUAAAGUUAAGAGUCUGUUCCCAUUGCUAUGCCAUACUGUUAUAAAGUGGGUAGCCUACAAAUGACAGAAAUUAAUUUCUCAAAGCUUUGGAGGCUGAGAAAUCCGAGGUCAAUGGGCCAGCAAUUUUUGUGUUUGGAGAGGGCUUGAUGUCUCCCCUCAAGAUGGCAGCUUAUACACUGUGUCCUUACAUAAUGGAAAGAAGAGAAAGCAAGGAAGGAGCACACUCCAUGUGAAACUUCUUGUAGAAGACUUAGAAGAAAAGACUUAGAAGAAAUCUCCAUCCUCAGGAAUUUGGAGACAGCUGCACUGGAAGCUGUGUGGAAGUUAAGGAGACUGUUGCUGUAGUGGGGACCUGAGAACAUUAUAUCAAUCCCAAUGUUGCCCUGACAUUUGUACCUAAGAUUCAAGAGGAUUAAGACUAAAAAGAUGCCUCAGGAACAGUACUCUCACCACAGGAGCACCAUGCCCAGCUCAGAGGGGCCACACAUUUACAAAGUGGGGAUUUAUGGCUGGAGGAAAAGAUGCCUGUAUUUCUUUGUCCUGCUCCUCAUGAUUUUAAUCCUGGUGAACUUGGCCAUGACCAUCUGGAUUCUCAAAGUCAUGAACUUCACAAUUGAUGGAAUGGGGAACUUAAGAAUCACAGAAAAGGGUCUGAAGCUAGAAGGAGACUCAGAAUUCUUACAACCUCUGUACGCCAAAGAAAUCCAGUCCCGACCAGGUAAUGCCCUAUACUUCAAAUCUGCCAGGAAUGUGACAGUGAACAUUCUCAAUGACCAGACAAAAGUGCUGACUCGGCUGGUGACAGGUCCGAAAGCUGUGGAAGCAUAUGGCAAAAAGUUUGAAGUAAAAACUGUUUCUGGAAAAUUGCUCUUUUCUGCGGAUGACAAUGAAGUGGUCGUGGGAGCUGAGAGAUUGCGAGUCUUAGGAGCUGAAGGCACAGUCUUUCCCAAAUCCAUAGAAACACCUAAUGUCAGAGCAGACCCCUUCAAGGAAUUAAGGUUGGAGUCCCCAACACGAUCUCUAGUGAUGGAAGCCCCAAAAGGGGUAGAAAUAAAUGCAGAAGCAGGCAAUAUGGAAGCCACCUGCAGAAGUGAGCUGAGACUGGAAUCCAAGGAUGGAGAGAUUAAGUUAGAUGCUGCGAAAAUCAAACUACCUAGACUGCCUCGAGGAUCCUACACACCCACAGGAACAAGGCAGAAGGUCUUCGAGGUCUGCAUCUGUGCCAAUGGGAGGUUAUUCCUGUCCCAGGCAGGAACUGGUUCCACCUGUCAGAUAAACACAAGUGUCUGCCUUUGAAGGACUAUCCACAGUGGACAAUUGUUGGCAGCAUCGAGGCCCUUUUUGGCUUGAGACAUUGGCUGCCAAUUAUUUUUAUUAGAACACAGAAAGCCUAUCAAAGACCUUGUGUGUGUGUGUAUGAGUGUGUGUAUGAGUGGGUUGUGCGUGUGAGUGAAUAUAAAUAUAUAUAAAUACAUAUAAAUAAAUAUAUAUAUCCUCUGUAUAAAAUGAGGUUUCAGUACAAAAGGAACCAUGGGUGACCCUGUGACAUCAUCCACUGUCGUUUUUCCAUCCCAUCCCCAUCACCCACAUGACAGAAUCUUCCCCAGGCAAUUUCAAAUCACACAGUGAAUAAAGCACUUACAGAAUA